GCGUCAACAUGAUCCAUGGACGUCCGUCAUUUUCACGCUUUCUUUGUACCGGCCGAGUCAUUGCCGACGAAGAAAUGCUCGGCAGCCGUCGCUCGCUCCUUUCCCGUGCCAUUGCACUAGUUGGACAACGUUCUGCUCACACCGUUGGAGCCACUGCUGGUGCAGUGCUCGAAGCAAUCAAACCCUCCGAUGAGAAUACGUCCAUCCAAGUCAUGUGGAAAGAUGGCGUGUCAGCCAAGUUCCACCGGGCAUGGUUGCGCGACAAUUGCACGUGUGCAUCGUGUAGGCAUCCCACGACCCUCCAACGGCAAAUCCUCACGUCUGCAAUCCCACUACAUCCCACGGGAAGGGCUGCUCUCCGUGAAGACAAGUCAGCGUUGUCCAUCGACUGGGACGAUGUCGUGGAAGGGUCUGAUUGUGUACGGAGUGAAUACUCUGCUGCGUGGUUGCGCGACCAUGCGUACGAAACACCGCCCAGCGGGUAUGACUCGCGCCAUUGCAGGCAGCAACGCAUGGACAUGAAAACACUGUGGAGCAACGAUCUCGCGUUCCCAACAACGACGUACGACGCCAUGAUGGCUGACGGAUUCAAAGACGGGAUGCGACAACUCCAGACGUGGGGUGUGCUCUUGAUCAAGAAUACCCCGCUAACGAUGGACGCAACCGAAGCGUUUGCACGGCGCAUUGGUUUUGUGAUGGAGACGAUCUACGGCGGCAUGUGGACGACCCGUCCGGAGAACCCCGAGAAGGCGUACAAAGACACCGCUUCGACGAAUCAGGCGCUCGGGCCGCACACGGACUGCACAUACUUGUACGAACCUCCGGGACUCCAGAUCUUCAACUGCGUCUUGCAAGCGAAAUCGACGUCGUCGAGUCUGGAAGGCGCCAGUCGAUUCGUCGACGGGUUUCACGUUGUCGAGUGGUUACGUCAGCAUGCUCCCGACACGUACAAGUUCUUUUGUGACACGUCGCUGCCACAGUACUGCUACGAUGACGACGUAUCGUUGCACGUGAUGCGACCGAUCAUCCAGCUCGAUGCAGCUCGAAACGUCGAGCUCGUACGAUUCAACGAUUUUGAUCGGUCUCCAAUCACCCAUCUCUCCCACGACCAAGUCGCGGCAUACUACAAACAUCACAAGAUUCUAUGGGAUGCCAUCAACAACGGCGAAGUGGCGUACAAGAUGAACGAAGGCGACAUGAUCGUAGUCGACAACCACCGUGUCCUCCACGGUCGUCAUGCGUUUCAAGGCGAACGGGCCCUCGUCGGGUGCUACAUUGGCCGAUCCGAAUACGACUCGAGGCUUCGCGUGUUGGGAUUGCUGUAGAACGUGAAAGGUCACUGUGAAUGCACGAUGUCCACGUAUGCGCAUGGCGCCGCGUCUGAGGCUUCGGCCGUGCAAAGAGGGUUCGAGAGAACAGUUGAAUCGGUCAAUUCCGCGGCGAUGAUCGAAUGCAUCGACGGAGCAAUCCACGAUGCGAUGGUGGACAGAGUGCCGCACAAUUAUGGUCUUGUUCCCAUUUCAACGGACAAGUAGUACUUACUACUCUGGGUGUUUUU